AUGUCAAGCUGGAAGCGGGAUCGCAACUAUGAGUCCGAGGACGGGUUUGAUACUAUGCCUUCUACCAGCAAACGUGCGAGAUUAGCUUCUGCCGACCCAUCUGGUUCAAUAUGCCAUCGCGCAGAACAGUCCGAUAUGGUCAGAGAGUACCUACUAAUCACUUGGUCACGACCGAUGACAGAGCAACAGAAAAGCUUUCUCACCAAGAAGAUGGAAGAAUUGAUGACGUUGAAAUCAGCCGCAGACUUCCUCGAACCCCGAACUGGGAAGGAUGUGCCUGUUUAUAUCAGCAAGAUCAAGGGGCCUACGGAUCUCUCCACCAUCAGAAACCUCCUUGAUACUGGCGGGUACCCGUCUGUGGCAGACUUGCUCAUCGACUUUACAACUAUGAUCCACAACGUGAUUUGGAUCAAUGGUUGCAAACGUCACGAUCCGGCGCCUGCGCGUAGGUUCCUGAAGUGCUUUUGUGACCGGUUGAAGCAGUGCCCCAUCGGACCUUACGGAAAACCAUUGACCGCAUAUACCAGAGAUGACAUGAGGCUCAUGGCAUCAGAUGUCACAGACGGUCCAACCAAAGUCAGCACACUAUCACCAGAGAAGUCCAAAGUCGCCAGCAUCAAUGACUCUGUUCAAAAUGAGCUUGUUAAACAUUCCCUUGCUUAG